CGCUGAACAGCAGAGUCGUCUACAAUGUCGACUGUAACAGAGACCCUUCCGGCGGACAUGGCUCCCCUCGCCGGCCCGUUGCUCAUAGGAUACCUCCUCAACUGGGGCUUGUACGGUGUCCUGUCUGUGCAAGUUUAUUUGUACCACCUUGCGUUCCCGAACGAUAGUCGCAUAGUCAAGACGCUUGUCUACGGAGUUUACCUCAUCGAGACAACACAGACAAUCCUUGUGACUCACGACGCCUUCAAUGCGUAUGCGAAAGGCUAUGGGGACCUGACUGCACUCGGGUCGGCGCAGUUGGAGUGGCUGGCAGUUCCCAUCUUCAGUGGCAUUGUAAGUGCAACAGUGCAGAUGUACUAUGCCUAUCGCGUUACCAUUCUUUCGGGUUCAAGGUUGCUUGGCAUAGGCAUCUCUUUGAUUGCACUGCUUCAAGGUGCCUCUGCGAUUGCUCAGGGUGCUCAAGCAUUCAAGAUCGGAAAUUUUGCGGACCUAGCAACCAAAGCAUUUGCUAGCUGCACGAUAUGGCUCGCUGGUAGCGCAACUUGCGAUGUGAUCAUCGCAGCAUGCAUGACGUAUCUCCUUCUGAGGAAGGACACCAAGGUCCCAGAGACGCACGCGAUCGUGACGAAGCUCGUCCGGCUCAUCGUCGAGACCGGCAUGCUGACAGCCCUGGCGGCGACGAUCGACAUCAUCCUCUUCCUCGCAUUCCCGCACAACUCGUACCACGGCUGCGUCGCGACGACGCUCGCGAAGCUGUACUCGAACUCGCUCCUCGUGCUCUUCAACAGCCGCAUCCGCAUCGUCGGCGGACGGAACGGCACGUCGCACGGCGUCGUCGCCUCGUACAGCUCGGGGCCGGUGAAAGGCGCGCCCGGCGGCGCGACGGCGGGGACUGGCGCCGCGCCGAGCACGUUCCGUGCGGUGGACUUUGGAUCGUGUGGGACGACGACGACGACGACGUCGCUUGGCGGUAUGCACGUCCAUGAGGAACGCUAUAUCGACACGGACCCUGAGUCGAUACCGAUGGAGGACCAGUCGUUCUCCGCGAAGAAGUCUGCCGGCCUCACGCUCGACGUCUAAAUGGGGCUUGCGCUUCGCGCCUCGUCCCGCCAUGCCGCCACCACCACCUACCUCUCCCCAUGCUUGGGACAUCUUUAGCCAGGGCGCUUGUUUAUGAUGACUCUGCCAUUGUAAUGAUGCUGUAAGCUAGUGCAUGUAAG